CACCUGAGUCAUGAAUGGCUUCAAGUUAGAAGGUCAGCCUCUCAGCUUCUGCGUUCAUGUUCCAGCAUCCGAGCGCGUCGUUUGCUCCUCGCAGCAUCUCUCACCAUGACGGCGUCUGACUUCUCUGACAUAGAGGCAUUCUUGGACGGACACCCGGACCUCUUUGAGGAGUAUUUGGUCCGAAAAGCCAAGUGUGAGCACAUUAGCAAGUGGAUGAGGGAGCACCAGCUCGCCCCUAAAGUGAAAGUGUCGACCCCUGAGGAGAGACGCGUCCAAUUGGCCAGGGACCCCGCUCUCAACCCGGACGCUCUCCGGCGCAGGUCGUCUCACUUGGAGCUUCGGCGCAACUUCGCCCGGUCCAAAGCCACCACGGCGCACCGAACCUGCGACGAGCACGCCAGCUUCGGUCAGCAGGACCCGCAGUCCAGCAUGAGGCGACGCGCGCUCCUGCGUAAAGCCAGCUCCCUGCCUCCAACCACGGCGCACAUUCUCAGCGCCCUGCUGGAGUCCAGAGUCAGCGUACCGCAGUAUGCAUCUGCUGCCACCGACCACAAGUGUCGGCUCAGGGAAACCAAUGAGAGGGAGUUCUUCUUGGAGCUGGUGAAGGACAUCUCCAAUGAUCUGGACCUGACCAACCUGAGCUAUAAGAUCCUGAUCAACGUGUGCAUCCUGGUGGACGCAGACAGGUGCUCCCUCUUCCUGGUGGAGGGCCCCGCGCAGAAGAGGACGCUGGUGUCCAAGUUGUUUGAUGUGCACUUGGGAACCACGGUCAGACCUUCCUCCAGCACCCUCAACUCCAACGAGGUGCAGGUACCUUGGGGAAAGGGCAUCAUUGGGUAUGUGGCAGAGCACGGAGAGACUGUCAACAUUUCCAAUGCAUAUCAGGACCACCGCUUCAGUGACGAGAUAGACAAGUUAACAGGCUACAAGACCCAGUCCAUUCUCUGUAUGGCCAUCUGUAACAGUGAUGGAGAGGUCAUUGGUGUUGUACAAGCAAUCAACAAAAAUCCCACCGGAACGCCUUUCACUGAGGAUGAUGAGAAGGUGCUCCAGAUGUAUCUACCCUUCUGUGGAAUAUCCAUAUCCAAUGCCAAGUUGUUUUCUGAGUCUCGCAAGGAGUAUGAAAGAAGUAGGGCUUUACUGGAGGUGGUCAACGAUCUGUUUGAGGAGCAAACUGACUUGGAGAAGAUUGUGCGGAAGAUCAUGCAGCGAGCGCUCACCCUCUUGCAGUGCGAGCGCUGCUCCGUGCUUCUCCUCGAGGAUAUCCACUCACCAGUUGUGAAGUUCUCCAAGACGUUUGAACUUAUGUCCCCCUUGAGCAACAUGUCUCGUGACAUAAGCCUGGAGAAGCUGUCAUGCUCUGAUUGGCUGAUUAAUAACAGCAUCGCCGAGUUGGUGGCCUCCACAGGACUCCCAGUUAACAUCAGUGACGUGUGCCAGGACCCACGCUUUGAUGCAGAGGCAGAUCAAGCUUCAGGAUUUCAUAUUAGAUCAGUGUUGUGUGUGCCUAUCUGGAAUAGAACUCACCAGAUAAUAGGGGUUGCACAAAUUUUGAAUCGCCUCGACAGGAACACCUUCAACGAUGCAGAUCAGAGACUGUUUGAGGCAUUUGUGAUUUUCUGUGGACUGGGCAUCAACAACACUAUGAUGUACAAUCAAGUGAAGAAGACGUGGGCCAAGCAGUCUGUAGCACUGGAUAUGUUAUCCUACCACGCUACAUGUUCCAAGGUAGAGGUUGACAGACUCAAGGCAGCCAAAAUCCCCCUGAGCAGCGAGUUGGGAAUUGACGAGUUUCAUUUUAACGACUUCUCUCUCGACAACGAUGCUAUGAUUACAGCCUCGCUUAGGAUGUUCCUGGAACUUGGGGUGGUCCAAACAUUCAAAAUAGACUAUGAGGUGUUGUGCCGCUGGCUUCUCACCGUGAGGAAGAACUACAGAACUGUGGCCUAUCAUAACUGGAGGCACGCCUUCAACGUGUCCCAGUGCAUGUUUGCUAUGAUCACAUCAGCCAGCUUCCAGGACCUUUUAUCGGAAGCAGAGAUAUUGGCUCUAAUGGUUGGCUGUCUGUGCCAUGAUUUGGACCAUCGUGGCACCAAUAAUGCAUUUCAAGCCAAGACGGGUUCUGCUUUGGCCUUGCUCUACGGUACGUCAGCGACCCUGGAACACCAUCACUUCAAUCAUGCAGUUAUGAUCCUCCAAAGUGAGGGUCACAAUAUCUUUGCAAACCUCUGCUCUAAAGAAUACAGCAACCUGAUGCAACUGUUAAAGCAAGCCAUUCUCUCCACAGACCUCACUUUGCACUUUGAGCGCAGGAGCAAGUUCUUUGAAUGUGUUCUUGCUGGAAGAUUCAGCUGGCCGGACGAAAAACACAGAGAGGUCCUCAGAUCCAUGUUGAUGACAGCCUGUGAUUUGGGUGCUGUCACUCGGCCUUGGGAGAUUUCCAAACAGGUUGCCGAGUUGGUGACAAGUGAAUUUUUUGAACAAGGUGACAGAGAAAGGUCGGAGCUAAAGUUGACGCCAGCGGCCAUAUUUGACCGCAAUCGCAAAGAUGAGUUACCUGCCUUACAGCUAGAGUGGAUAGAUGGCAUCUGUAAACCACUUUAUCAGUCACUGCUGAAGCUCAACAAGAAAUUGCAGCCAAUGGUGGACGGGAUAGACGCCAACCGAACGAAGUGGCAGGAACUGUGCCCGUCUAACGAGCACACAGGCGACGACGCCUCGGUGACAAUCAGAGCGCUGAAGCCAGCCAGCCAGAACCCUGAGGCUGUGGAAGCCAGCAAACACUCCUUCGUCAAACCAGUGGAAAACACCAAGUUGGGAUCAAAGGGUCAUCAGGUGUGAAAUUUGAACCAUACACAACAGCUGGACCAAAGGAAAGUGAGGUUCUGCCUCCAAUUACGACUGACUGGAAUACUUUACCCUGUGAUUGUAAAACAACCGUCCUGGUAUUACUACAAUGGCUUAGAAAAACUGGGAUUACCGAAUUUUCUUCAAAUAGAGGCAGAAGGGGUUUAGUAACUCAACAGCAGAACGUAUCAAGGAAGUGGAAUGUGUUUGUGUUUCCUUUGCAGAGCAUUCAGAGGUGCUACAUGUUGUCGAUGGAUCAAGAUGUACUUCUCUGAUCAACAUUAUAGUGCUCAGGUGACAUCAUGAUCGUAAGAUGAGACAAAGCUCUCCAAAGCAGUUAGAAACCAAGGAUUGAGUAAUAUGGGAUCUUAGCCACGCCCACUUUGGGGCUAUGUUAGCGCCCUUAAAUUCAUCCACCUGUGGUGAUCUUUUUUACAUGGAGUACUCAUUCAUAUUGCAUGUUACUGAGACCCUCAUCAACAAGCAACCAAUUACACUUAAAAAAGCAUGUAAACGUAUCUGCAGAGAGAGGACCGAACCUACAUUUGCAAUUUUUCAGAUUAACGUAUACGUUUAAAAUGCGGAGCUUUUGUUCUACAUGAUGUGGAAAUUCCAUAUGGUCUUGUGAAUCUUGUGAACGGUCAGAUACUAGAACUUGACGAGAUCUUUUGAUUUUUAGGAAGUUCAUGCAUGGCAAUUUGUUAGCGACUGCAAGCAAGGUGACCACUACACCGGAUUCUCCAAUAUUCCUCCAAUUAAUCCAGUAUUCUUCUUUACUGUUAGCUGAUAACUUUUAUUAGCACAAAACUGCUUGAGGAUUGUGUGUCUCUACGCCUAUAAGAGGACCCUCGACCACUCGCAACAGACUAGACGUGAUGGGGAAGGAAGCUGCAGAAUGUCAGCGAAGAGGAGGGGAUUACAGAUUUACCGUGCAUACAAGUCAACAUUGAUGAUUAAAAGAAACUUACUAUAGUGCCCCAAUGAGAGCCAAUAUCAUUUUAAAAGCCCCUGAAAUGAGCAGGAUGGUACCUGUUUCAGGGUUUAAAGCAAGAUGCCAUAGAAAAACCAGCCUGAUGGAGUUGUCUACUUUAAAAAAAAAAAAGUAAGUCCCCAUCAGACGUUACUAUGAUCUAUCGAAGCAUGAAGCCAUGAAGGUUUUUGCUUGUUUAUGCUACCUUGUGAGUUUUGUGUGCCAGCCUGUCAUAUUUGAUCACUUUCUUGCCUUGUGUAAAAAAACCCACAACGUCUUAAACGUGAUUACUUGUAUCAGGGGUGUCCAAACUUUUUCCGGCAAACACUACAGUCAGAAAAAUUAAAGAAUGCGAGGGCUCACUUUAAAUCAAUAAAUGAUAAAUGGGUUGUACUUGUAUAGCGCUUUUCUACCUUCAAGGUACUCAAAGCGCUUUGACACUACUUCCACAUUUACCCAUUCACACACACAUUCACACACUGAUGGAGGGAGCUGCUUUAUUACACAAGCUAUGCGCAAUCCAAUGUAGAUCAUUACAUGCUAAGCUAACUCCAUCAUUGACAUCUUAGCUCUGUACUAAUGGUUACAAAGCUAAUUAGUCUGAUAUCAAGUUUUUUUUCUUUUUUUUUUAUCUCAGUAUGGAAUGCACAAUUUUUUCCCAGAUACAGAUAACUUCCUGUUUCACAAGACCAAUAAUAAUAACCAAGAAUAUUUAUAGCUAUUAUUUUUUUUUAAUAUAUAUUUAACUGUGGUUUGUGCACACCUGUCUUUGUGGCUUCCUUUGGGGCAGCUACCGUAUAUUCCGGACUAUAAGCUUUUUUAAACGGAGCGGCCGUUUUUUAUUUUUCACUGACGGCCACAAUGCAAAUAGUUUUUUAUAAAAAGGCACGCAAAGACACAGAAAAGUUGUGUUAUUGUUUGUGCUAUUUCACCAUUUUUGGUCAAGUUCUCUCAGUGCAGGUGCUGCUCUGCUCCAUUGCCCGACUGUUGUGACCGAGCUUUCAACUGGAAGUACAAUUGCCAUUCAGUUUUGUAGCUGUCCAUAGCGUUCUUACUCGUACGGAUUCUUCAUUCAUCACUCCAAGCAACAUUUGUAGGUUUUACAAUCCAACUAAAACAAUUCUUACUUACUAAACUAUCCCAAGUAUGAUGUCUGUAGGAGUGUUUUCAUGCAUGUUUGUACAUGCUAUCAUAAUGUAAUAAAGCUAGCGUCGUUAGUAUUAGCUAAUAUGAUGACACGCUUACAUACUGUUAACUUACAAUGGCAUUUUUUUGUUUUGUUUUAGUUUUGUAAAUUCAUCAAAACGUCACCGGGGAGUUGUUGAGUCUGUUUAGCUGACUGGAGAGCUAGCUUCUAAAUCUAGUGGGUCCACAAUGAUGACUUAUGUUUUGUUUGAUCAGCCGUUUUACUGCCGUGUGAUAGGCACAGUUUGGAAACAAUUAAGCUAUGUAAAUAAAUAUUUAAAUAACUAA